UCAAUGAAGUGAUUGCAUUACUUGAGAGGCAUCGUAUCAGAAAGACGUCAUAUCAUCAACUCGGCCCGCUACGUCUUCUAUCUGAUAGCACACUAAAGAGCAUUGAACAGGAGCACAGAGGACAAGUUGAUCGUUGUUUCACAGAGUGUUUGGCUAGCUGGUUGCGUAAAGCCUGAUGGUGUGGAGAUUCCAACAAUAGAUACACUGAUAGCUGCUCUUAGAGGAAUAGGAGAGAAUGCUGUAGCUGAUGGUAUUAAUGGCCCGAGAAAGACAAAUCUUGGCUCGCCCCUUCAUACCAACAAGUGAAGUAUCAAAUAGACCAAUAUUAGCUACACCUCCGACAAUGCAUACCAGUGAAGAGCAUCCAAUACAGCCAAUCAUUGUUAAUCCAGGUGUUCAUGAUCUUGGGCUCAAAGUUGAUCAAGUUUCUAAGCUACGAGACAUUGCUAAUGAAUUGCAGGAUAAGUUUGAUUAUCUUGUUCUUGCAGUGAAAAAGUCACUUGAAAAUAAUUCCAUUGAUAUAGAAGAUGCAAAAAUGUUGAUACAUGGAUGCUUAAAGAGAAAAGCUCGUGUUGUGUCUCAGCUGCUGCCCUGUAUUAAUAUUCUUAAGAAGGUUAAUGAUUUUAAAAGCUUUUUUGAGUUUCUAAGUGAAUAUGAUUUUAUUGGUUAUCUCAAUUACAAGCUAUUGAAGAAAUUAUCUAAACUAGUUAAAGAUGAUAAUGAGAUUAACAGGUAUUUUGUUGAAUACGAAAAAGAAUAUGCCAAGUUAUUGAGUGCAGCUGCCUUUCAAGAAUUUAUACCUUUCUUUGAAAAACAAUCAGACCUGUCUCCUACUGCUCCUCUUGGCUUACCUUAUGUUUCCUUUUGUGUUGAAAAACCUGAUUCAUUCACUAGUGCUCAUGAUUGCCUCUCAACCUUUGAUGAAUUCUCAUGGUCACAAGAUAUUUUUUUAAAACAAUUACAAAAGAAAUGCAUUAUCAUCACUUAUGCCAUACUACCAUAUGUUCUUGAUGAUGUCAUGAGAGAUCUCAAGGAUCCAGUAAUAUUGAAAAAGCUAGAGGACAAUGAUAUUAGAGUAGUUGAACUACCACAAGAAGAGGAAGACCCACAGAUUGAAUCCACUGCCGCUAAAAUAGAACCAAAGGUUGAUGCUUCUUCAAUCAUGCAGACCACAUCAUUGGAGGGAAAAAUUUCCACCACAAGCACUACUACUUUGGUAGGUAUAGCACAUUUACAGCUACAGUAA